AUUGUGAAGCAUUAGGUGAACCACGACGUGUGGUAAAGGGGAAAUAAAAGUAAUGAAAAGAUAGCAAACGCCUCGCCUAUGAUUAUCGCUAAAAGCAUAAAUAGGGUAUGUUAAAUUUAAGAUAUGUAAAUAGUUUGAUUGUAAUUGCUUAUAAUUAGGUACAUUUAUAAUUUAUUUUAUUUUAAAAUACAACAGAAUUUCGAUAAAUGAAUCAUUUUUAUCAACACACCGUUUAGUACUAAACUGUUAUGUGUAUUUGAGCCUUUUGGUUCAGUCUAUACGCGCCUUAAGAAAAUGUCAUGUCAAACAAUAACUCCCACUGUCAACAGUAGUCGUCAUACGCAAAACCAAUUCAAAACAUUCUGAGAAACCAAGUACGCCAGAAGCUGUUCGUGAGUGUAGCGUGAAAUAAGAAAAUAUACAAAAGAAAGCUUCAAAAAUACUUCUACACAGCUAACGAAUGUGUUAAAGUUAGUACUUUACAUUCGUUGUCUUUCUGUGACGAAAAUCAGACGUAUGAAGGCUGAAAGUCUAUAACCAAAAGGCCCUAUCUUUCUGUGAGUCUUCGUGAUUUGUUACCUGGAAACAUGGAACAUUCAUUGAAUCAACGUGAUGGAAUAAACCCAUCUCCAACGUCGAUUGGGGCAACAUCUACGAUAAAACAAGAACCUUUCGACGAGGAGAUGCAAGAACUGAAGAUAGAAAUUCUUCAUGACGCAAGCUCUUGGGAGUGCAGCAUUAAAGCAGACCCGUUAAAAGAAGAAAUCGAAAUUGAUGAAACAGACCUUACAGUGCAGGAUCCAUUUUUCAUGAUAGAAGAAAUCGGCAUCAACGCUGAAUCGAAUGCAGCGCAAAAUGAAGAAAUAGAGGACCAUGUCGUUGUUUCAAGUACAAAAUGGAUAAAUUUCAACGCUGCAAAAAGUUGGCAUCAACCUUUCAAAACAUUUAUGAACUUCAAAAUACUUAAGCCAGAAGUGGCCGGCGUGACCUAAGGAGUCGUUAAGCCAAGAAACAAGAAGAAGAUAUAUGAACUGUCAACAUUGGAAAAAACCGCGUACUGUUCCGAAGCUCUCUGAAGUUCGGGAGGGUUGCCUUCCGCUAAUCACCACACAAACCUCUGUAGACGUUUUGUCGUUUGAACAGGAAUCGCUUUUCUUCGGUCAGAAAAAAAACUGACGGUGAUUUGUUCGCGGGUAUUGAGAGCAUAACAUAUUGUGAAAUUUUGUAAGAAUAACGAACUUUACGAUCUAUUUGGCUGUAGUCCUGUUCAGCUUUUAAUAACGCGCGAUGAUAGAUCUCCUUAUCUUAUCUUGUUAUUUUUGUUCAACUUGUACAGAAAAUCUAAUUAGUAUUUUAAAUUUUUCAUUAUUCGUUGGAAUAUAAAAAGUCGAACUUAAUUUAAUUAUGUUUUAUUAUAGGAAUAUUCCAGUGACGAAACUCUUUCAUACUCCACCAUGGAAUCGUGGGUAUCGCAGAACAUAAGUAAACAAAAUGUUGAUAACAUUCGCCCAGUUCAUUCAUCAUUUUCCAUCUUCAACAACAGAGUCGUCCCUUCUACAGCUACCGUUCCGGUAAAACACCCGUUGUUCAUGACGUCGUCUACUGUUAGUGGUCGCCCCCGUGCUAUUGCGAGACCAACGUCCCCUCCGCCGCUGAUAUUCUUCAGUGACCACGUCGAGUCGUCGCGACAGCUCCAGACUACUACUGUCCAUUCCAAGGAUUUACCAUCAGACAGAAAUGUCAAAAGUUGCCACUCCAGUGACUCAAUCAACGACACUGGGUGUGUUACGGAAAUUUCGCCAGUAAAAUCCCAGGAGGAGUUGGAUAAGCUGGAGGAAUUUUUAAAAAUUGAGAACAAUAUGCAGAGCAUGGCGAAUCAUUUAAACGGGUUAGUUUCAGCAGAUGACGCAGCAAAUCGUUUCAGCGAAGCUCUUUAUAUUGUUGUUACAGCUAAAUUUUUAACACAGUGCAGUUGGAUAGGAGGCGGAAAAACCGGGCCAAAGACAGCUUUAAAAAAAUACAAAAAUUUGCAAAAAUUAUUACGACUUGUCGCAAAGCAAGGUGUGAACUACCGAGAAGAAUUUAAGUUUGACGCGCUUUUAAAAUCAAAAAUAUUUCACGCUAAAGACAGAUUACUCAGAUUCAAGAAUAUAAGAAAAAGCGUUUGUAUGAAACGCGGUCCAAAGAGCAUCCACAGAAACUUUUUAAUUGAUCCGUUCUUCGAUACUGGGCAGACUACGGAGGUUAUUGUACCAGUCAAAACUAUGCAGGAAUUGAAUAGAUUGGAGAAAUUUCUCAACGCUGAAAACAACAUGCAAAGCCUGGCGAAAUACUUAAACAGCUUGAUGUUUGCGCAGGACGCUGUAAGUCGUUUAAACGAAGCUCUUCGUAUGGUUGUUAGUGAUGAUCUUUUAGCGCAGUGCAGCUGGCUGUCUUACGGUAUAGGCAGACCAACGAUAGGCCUCCAAAUGUACGUUAAUGUUCAAAGUCUUCUGCUGCUUGUAGCAGAAAAUGGUGUGCACAGCCUGGAAAGGACGGAGUUUGAGAAACUUUUAAAAUCAAAAAUAUUUAACGUUGAAGGUAGAUUGCGCUUCCAAAAUAUUAGAAAUAAUGUUUGUACACCUAAAGAACUAAAUUCAAACAGCUCAACCUGUUCCAAAAACUGUUCCAACAACAACAAACAAUUCCAAAUUGUACAACAACAACAGACAACAAGAACAACUCCAACAACAACAAAAACAACACCAACAACAACAAACAAUUCAAAAUUUACCCCCGUAAAAUCCAAGGACGAGUUGGAUGAAAUGGAAAAAUUUCUCAACAAUGAAGACAAUAUGCAGAGCAUAGCGAAACGCUUGAGCAGAAUAAUAUCUGGGGAUGAUGCUGCAAAACGUUUGGGCGAUGCUCUCUACAUGAUUGUGGAAGUUGAAUUUUUAGCCCAGUGUAGUUGGCUGGGUGGUGGUUCCGGCGGCUUAAAGAUAGGUUUAAAGUGGUACGUAAAUUUUCAACGUCUUCUGCGGCUUGUGGCAGAAGAUGGUGUGCACAGCAUAGAAAGUAAACAUUUUGAGAAGAUCUUAAAAACAAAAAUAUUCCACGCUAAAGAAAGGUUAGUUAGGUCAAAAAAUGUGUCGAAAAACACUUUAGGUUUACACCAAUUUAGGAUAAAUCAAUCAAACAACAAAAUCAUUAACGAAAUUUCACCGACUACGCAAAUUAUACCCAUUAAAUCGAAAGAGGAGUUGUAUCGGCUAGAAGAAUUUCUCAACGCCGAAGACAAUAUGCAGAGUAUGGCGAAACGCUUAAGCAGAUUAAUAUAUUCGGAAGACACUGCAAAUCGUUUGAGCGAUGCUCUUUAUAUGAUUGUGGAAGUUGAAUUUUUAACACAGUGUACUUGGCUGGGUGGUGCAUCAGGCAGAUCAAAGAUAGGUUUAAAGUGGUGCGUAAAUUUUCAACGUCUUCUGCGGCUUGUGGCAGAAGAUGGUGUGCACAGCAUAGAAAGUAAACAUUUUGAGAAGAUCCUAAAAACAAAAAUAUAUCAAGCUAAAAGCAGAUUACGCUUUAGAAAUAUCAGGAAAAGCGUUUGUAGACGUAGAAAGCGCAAAACAAACAGCACAACCAACGAAACAACAUCCAUUCAGCUAAUCAUGACUUCGGAAAACAUACCAGAGACCGAAUCGAUUUCGGGAAGUUCAGCAAAGUCCGAAUCGAUUUCGGAAAUUUCAUCAGAAGCUAGAUCGAUUUCGGGCAUUUCAUCAGAAACUGGGUCGUUUUCGGGAAUUCCGCCAUCAAAAUCUAAGGAGGAUUCGAAUAGAAUAGAAAAAUUUACCAACAAUGAGAACAAAAUGUAUAUUUCGCCAGCAAUUCUGCUGACUACGAAAAUUUCGUCAGGAACUAGUGCGAAUUCGGUAAUUUCACCAAUUCAAUCGAAGGAAGAGUUGGAUAAACUGGAGGAAUUCCUCAACACUGAAAAUAAUAUGCAAACUAUGGCGAAACGCUUAAACCGCUUAAUAUCUGCACAGGACGUUGGGGAUCGUUUCAGCGAAGCUCUCCACAUAGUUGUUAGUGAUGGAUUAUUAACUCAGUGUAAUUGGCUAGGUGGCGGAAAAUUCUUACCAAAAAUAGGCCUUCACAAAUAUGGAAAUUUACUCAAUCUGCUAAAGGUUUUAGCUGAGGAUAGUAUGCACACUCUUAAAAAAGCAGAGUUGGAGAAGAUUUUAAAAAUGCAAAUAUGUGAUGCUAAAAGCAGGUUUCGUCCCAAACAUACAUAGCAAAAAGUGUUUGUAGACAGAGCAAUACACAAAUCAGUUAGGAUGUAAUUACAUUGCUAUAACUCGGAUUUACUGUAGUUUGGAUUGUUCGUUCGAACAGAAAUUAGUAUUUUUGCAGGUAAUUAUGUAGCUAUGUUUGCAAGAACCAAGAACCAACUUUGAUUAAUGAUUAAUUGACGGAUUUGGUUAUGAAACUUAUAUAAGUAAAAUGAAUGUACUAUACUGUAAAUGAAAUUAAUUAGUAAAUAAGAAGGAUUGUUAUGUUUCAUAUAAUAAACGCAGAAAAUUUGUAAGGAAAUAUAGAAUGUACAUCAAAGCUUGUUAA